CCACGCACUUGACCGACUCUCGGUCGACACGGGCGGGGCUCUGUGUCUGUGAAACUGAAUUACCGGCAGACCACAACUAAACUUACCCUGAGCCGAUAGCUUCUUCUCUGUGUGUGUGUGUCGUGCGCGCGUGGGAAUGUACUCACUUCUGCGUGGGGACAAUCAUAUGAACUGCUCUGCGAUGUCUUAACAUUGGAUUUUAUCAGCGAGAGCCUCAAGACGGAGAGACUUUGACAUCUGCAGCUGUUUAUUCUCUUGCGCCGCGCUAACGUUGGACAAAAUGAAAUAAAUAUACACACCCUCGAUUUUUUUUCUUCAUAGGGAUCUGGAGAUUUCAGCUGUUCGUUUUCCCCCUUCACGAAGUGCUUGAGAAUCGAGUAAGGCUGGCAGGUCUAGGGAGACGCAGGCAGCAUGGCUGAACUUAGACGCGACAGCACCAGCAGCCUGCAGCGCAAGAAGCCACCAUGGCUGAAACUGGACAUUCCCACUGCUCAGGUGUCUGUGGAUGAGGUUCCUGCUUUUGUUCCGCCGGUGAAGAGGCAAGGUUUCCACCGCAGUGCCAGUAUGCCAGUGGAGACGUCUCAUUUCCACUCUCCUCAACGGGACAUCAUCGACCAUCGGCGGGCAGCUUUCCAGCGCCAGUCUUCAAUCACACAAACCAUCAAGAGCAGCAGGAGGGUGCACUUUGAGAGGAUUAACACUGUGCCCAUUAAGGGUCAUCGUGCAGGGCGGCAUGGGUUCAGACGGCAUCAGUCUCUCUCCAGAACCCUGCUCAGGGGCACGGCGGACUGGUUUGGGGUCAGUAAGGACGGCGACGCCACGCAGAAAUGGCAGAGGAAGAGCCUGAGACACUGCAGCCUGCGCUACGGCAAGCUGAAACCUCAGGUGAUCCGUGAGAUGGAGCUUCCCAGCCAGGACAACAUCUCCCUGACCAGCACGGAAACCCCACCGCCUCUAUACGUACCCUCAUCCCAGCAUGGCAUGCAGAAGAUUGUGGACCCGCUGGCUCGAGGACGUGCAUUUCGUAUGGUGGAGGAGGUAGAUGGAUACAGUGUGCCCCAAACACCCAUCACGCCCGGCGCUGCAUCCAUCUGCUCCUUCAACAGCUCACGCUCAGGCCUGAACCGCAUCCCGCGCAGACGCAAGCGCGAGUCUGUGGCCAAAAUGAGCUUCAGGGCAGCAGCAGCUUUGGUCAAGGGUCGCUCGCUGCGUGAAGGUACAUUAAGACGAGCUCACAGACGUAGCUUCACUCCUGCUAGCUUCAUUGAGGAAGAUGUGGUGGACUUCCCAGAUGAACUGGACACUUCAUUCUUUGCUCGGGACAUCAUGAUGCAGGAAGAGAUGUCCACCUUUCAUGAUGAGGUGUUUGAGUCUCCGUCAGACUCCACCAUGAAGGAUGUGGACAGUAAACAGCUGGAUGAGUCUGAACUAACAGGCAGCGCACUGGACAAGAGCGAGCUGGAGAAGAGUCACUUAAUGCUGCCUCUAGAGCGUGGCUGGCGGAAGGUGAAAGAGAAAACGCCGGCGCCCCCUAAAAUCAGACUGAAGCAGGAGGUGGUGAGUGUGAACGGUCAGCGGAGAGGACAGCGCAUCGGCCUCCCCGUCAAGAAGCUCUUCGCCAGGGAGAAAAGACCCUACGGAUUGGGCAUGGUGGGAAAACUGACCAAUCGGACAUAUCGCAAGCGCAUUGACAGCUACGUCAAAAAGCAGAUAGAGGACAUGGAUGACCACAGGCCUUUCUUCACAUAUUGGAUAACAUUCGUUCACAUACUCAUCACCAUUCUGGCAGUGUGUAUUUAUGGCAUUGCACCGGUGGGCUUCUCGCAGCACGAAACUGUGGAUUCUGUCCUAAGAAAUAAAGGCGUCUAUGAAAAUGUCAAAUUCGUGCAGCAAGAGAACUUUUGGAUUGGACCAAGUUCGGAGGCCCUUAUUCACCUGGGAGCCAAAUUUUCACCUUGUAUGCGACGGGACAACCAGGUACAUGAACUGAUUAAAAAAAAGCAGGAAUUGGAGAGAAACUCGGCAUGCUGUGUGCGAAACGACCGCUCGGGCUGUCUGCAGACCUCAGAGGAGGAGUGCUCCAGCACUUUGGCAGUGUGGGUGAAAUGGCCUCAGCAUCUCAGCGCCCCUCAGCUGGACGGGGUGGUCCGGCAGUUCGGCUCUGUGUGCCAUCAGGACCCCAGGACGUGUACUGAGCCGGCAUCAGUGUCUCCUCACGAGUGGCCUGAUGACAUCACCAAAUGGCCUAUAUGCACCAAAUAUAAUUCUGGGAACCACACCAAUCUGCCUCAUAUUGACUGUACUAUCACCGGCCGGCCGUGCUGCAUUGGCACUAAAGGGAGGUGUGAAAUCACAUCGAGGGAGUACUGUGAGUUCAUGAAGGGAUACUUCCAUGAGGAGGCAACCCUCUGCUCACAAGUGCACUGUAUGGAUGACGUGUGUGGCCUCCUUCCUUUCCUUAACCCGGAGGUCCCAGAUCAGUUCUACCGCCUAUGGCUCUCGCUGUUCCUGCAUGCUGGGAUUCUGCAUUGCCUUGUGUCGGUAUGCCUUCAGAUGACAAUUCUUCGAGAUCUAGAAAAGCUGGCUGGAUGGCUGCGGAUAUCCAUCAUCUAUAUCCUGAGUGGUAUUACAGGAAACCUGGCUAGUGCCAUCUUUCUACCCUACAGAGCCGAGGUCGGUCCAGCUGGCUCUCAGUUUGGCAUAUUGGCCUGUCUGUUUGUGGAGCUGAUCCAGAGCUGGCAGAUUCUGGCUCAGCCAUGGCGCGCCUUCACCAAACUGCUGUGCGUUGUGCUUUUUCUGUUUGCCUUCGGUUUGUUGCCCUGGAUUGAUAACUUCGCCCACAUCUCCGGCUUCAUCUCUGGCUUUUUUCUCUCGUUCGCCUUCUUGCCGUACAUCAGUUUCGGCCGUCUAGACAUGUACCGCAAGCGCUGCCAGAUCAUCAUCUUCCUGGUGGUGUUCCUAGGCCUGUUCGCAGGACUUGUGGUGCUCUUUUACGUGUAUCCCAUUAAGUGUGAGUGGUGCGAGCUGCUCACCUGCAUUCCCUUCACCGACAAGUUCUGUGAGAAGUAUGACCUCAACGCGCACCUCCAUUGAGGGAGAGGCGGGGCUUCAGGGACAGAGGGAUUCGAUUGGCCGUUAAUCUGCUUAUGCCAGACCCCCGCUGUCAAAGUGUUCGUCCAGAUGCACUUCGUCUCUCCAAAAUGAAGCCCUUUCUGUGAACGUGGACAGUAUGCUUGUGUUUUUUUCUACUCAACUUUGACCAUGAUUUUAGGAAUGAAGAACGCUUUAUAAUGUACCCUAAAGUUUUAUGUAGUCUCUCAAUAAGGGUGUCUGAUAAUCAUGCAAAAACAGGGUGACCCUCUGCCGGAAACGUUCUUUCACACUACAGUCUCAGAAGGCAGUGUCAAAAUAAAAGCACUGGUACACCAAACGGAGAACACCCAUCUUCUCCUAGUUGAUUGUUGUACUUGUAUUGUUUUAGCAUGUCAGGGGGUAGGUUUGUCUUUGUUUAGUCGACCUCAGAAUCCAGGGACGAAAAAAAAAAACUCUGUACCUUCGGUGCCUUGAUAAAUGUACCUACUACUGCCAUAUUUUCGUUACACGUUGAGCACUCAAAUGAUAUUCUUUUAUUUGUGUGUUACUUCUAAUGGAGUAAUGGUUGAUUGUGAAAGGGUAGUGUUUUAGCUACCCACUUUACUCACUUGUUACAGAAUACAGCUAAAAACAAUCUGCACCAAUGAA